CGGGAAGGUCAAGAUGGCCAAACUCCUUCCGCUGAUUCUCGCCGGAAUUUUGACCACGUUGCUCCAUGAAGCCCAGGCGAGCCUGCCUCCAGGCCCUGCUGUUGAUGUGCUUGUGACCCCCAAAGGCUCCAUGGCAUCGUGCAAGAAAACCAAAAGGUCGGUCGUGUUCCAGUCCAUCAAGUCUAAGAAGGGGAUCGUGUAUAACCGCGCAUACACUCACCCGGAGAUAUUGAAAUGCUUCAUAAGCUCCCAGCCGAGCGCGGUCACCUUCAGGGACUGCGUCAACGCUGCCGCCGUAGCCGGACACUCCACCCUGUCCUUCAAUGGUACCACCUGCUCCACCUACAACGCAACUGUCCCGAGUCAUGCAUGUGCCGACCAGAAGGCAGCAGCGGCAAACUACAUAGCCAUCUACCAGGCCAACCCACCUCUGGUCAAGCCAAAUUUCGCAGGAAAUUUCAAAGUGUUGACGGUGGCUGCGAACCUGACGGCGAGUACGAAUAACAACUUCGACGUGACGUGGACUGCAAACGAUGGUGGCUGCAACUACCCCGGCUUCUUCGUCAGCUUCUCCGGCCAGGAGAAGUACGUCGAAACCACUUCGUCCCAGACGACGAUAGAGAACGUCCCAGGGUGCAGCGCAAACGUCACCGUCUCCUUCGGUCUCCCCACCGGAGAGAAGUUCGGUACCACCGCCCAGACGGUGGCGACUACCAAGCCAGCACCUCAGAACAGCUGGCCGUUCAAUGUGGUGCCGGGAUACACAAUGGAAGCCAACUUCUUCCCGAACAAAACCAUCAUCAUAACUUACGACGCUUCCCCUGGCUGCGGUAGCUUCACCAAGUUCAAAAUUGAGAUUGGCAUCAAAUACACGGAGACAGGGCGCCGGGGUCCGGAGCUUAACUUCCCCAUAUCGGAACCAAAAGGCACCAUCGAGAUCGACACAGCGGAUGUGCCUGAAAUUUGCCUGACUUCCUACCUCGUUAUCACGUACACCCAGAUGACGGACGGCGAAAGGCACUAUGAUAUGUAUCAGUUAAAUUUACCUCUCAACGGACUCGGAGAAGCAAAUCUGUACCCCUACCACCAAAUAGGUUUGAACGAUGUCGUCUUCAACUGGCCUACUGACCUGACACCUUACGACAUCUGUGGCGUCCUCUCCGGUACAAACCUGACAAUCAAGAAACAGGACGAUGGCAGCACUUUCACGGCGCCAAUAUCUGAUGGCCGCAUUACAUUACCCAACAUGGCAAAUAUUGUUCAAGCAGAUGUCGAUGUGCAGGUUGAUAGCUUAGGCAUCAAACUGGCGACCAUCAGCGUAAGUUUAACGAGCCCACAGAGCAACUCAGUUUCCUUAUUUUUAAAUUAAGUA